AUGCAAGGGUUCUCUCCCAUCGCCCAUCCAAUGAUCACGACCAUCGAGGAAGCGGCAUAUCAAACGUUUGCAGCAACAUCAGCAACCAAGGAAGAGGAAAUUAUCGCCAGACGGGGACAGCUUCCUGACAGGACGAAGCCAGUCAAAGUUCCAAAGCGGAUUUGGCGAGCGCAAGUGAAAAACUUGUAUGAAGAACCGGAGGUGGACUUGGACAGUCCCGCAACCCACGAUUGGAUGUUCGAAGAACACGGAAAGACGGUAAUCAAACAAAAAGCACCAGUGCAGAGGCGUACAGAUAUGAUAGAAUGGAAUGCAGACAAACACUUGGAGGAACUCGAGUCGCAGGUGCAAUACAGAUAUUGUCCGAGCGAAUGGCAGCCCAUAUUCGACGCAAUCUUGAAGAAAUACUGGGACGUCUUUGCCAAAGAAGGGAUGCAAAAACACAUCCUAGGUUACCAAUUCAACAUCGACACAGGUGCCAUUCCCCCCGUGUGCUGCAAGCAACCGAGAUACAAACCACAUGAAAGCCGGGUAAUGACAAACCUAGUAGAGCAACUAGAGAGCAAAGGACUCAUCGAGGACGACUUUGGGCCAUGA